AUAGCCCACCAACUCAUAAGCCCCUGGCUCCACACGGCGUGCAUGAGGCUAGAGGAAGAGAGUUGGUGUUUCGUAGCACUGUGGGCGGCCUGCGGCACAUCGGGGCGGCCCCCUGAUGCGAUGACUCAGAGCAGGUUUUGCCAAGUGUUUCUUGUACGUCCAAGCCACAAGGACCUCAGGAGGUAAAGGGUUCGAUGCGCGGACACCGCACGACAACAUGAUAACGAAACAUCUGAGAUAACAUUCUGUUUACGUAUGGAUGACAAGUAGCCUUAACUGUUGGAAUGGCAGUCCAAUUACUCUGCUGGGUUCUGUUCUGGGAUCUGUUGUGUUUCUGCAUCAGAGACGUCACGUGUCUCUGUAACAUCACCUGCACCACCGACUAUGAGCGAUACCUGGAGUGCCAAUGCGCCAACGUACCUCCGAGUUCUAUUGGGCUGGAAGCAAAUUGCAGUGGCGAGUAUGACGGCGAAGAAAUAGCAGUCCUCAGCAGCUGCGAGCUCCGGCCUCCUCAGUCCAGCUGCAAGAUGCACCCUGAGGACUUCUUCAAGAUCGUCUCCACAGAUACAUAUUGCACUGUGAGAGUCAUUUACCCGCUGGGGCCCUCCACAGACCCACUGGGGCCCCCAAAGGACCCUCUGAGGCCCUCCACCGACCUACUGCAGCCCCCCACGGCUGGAGUGGUGGAAUCGAACUCCUGGCUUCUGUGCGAUAUAGUGAAGCCGCCGCCGCCAUCGAACCUGCGUGUGACGCACCACGGGGGGAGAGUGAACCUCACCUGGGAGGUGGACAGCUACAAGCACUGUCUGAGCUACAGGGUUCGGAUCAGAGACCCCACCCAGGUCCGCAGCUUCGAGUUGCCCCAGCAGUACCUGGCGAUGGACGCCUCCAGCCUGCUCCCCUCCUGCCGCUCCCAGGCCGACGUCCAGGCCUGCCCCUGCCCUGAGUCCUACCUGAAAGGGCCCUGGAGCGCCUGGAGCCCUGCAGUGGACCUCACGGAAGUCCUUGUGCCGGUAGGCGGAGAGAUCCGGUUGGUCCUCUGUGUCGCCGUGCCCGCCCUCCUCUGUGUCAUUGCCCUCUGUUACGUCUCAAAGCCAUUUUUUACGAAGAAAGUCCAGUUCCUAAUGUUCGUCCCUGACCCAGGCCCGUUUUUCAAGCCCCUCCGCGACAAAUAUGACGGGAACUUCAAGGAAUGGGUUCAUCCGGCGUUCAGCGAGGAGGAGGUCCUGAGGGUAGCGGCCGUCCCAGCCAGCGACCAGAAGCUGCUCCCGCUUAGUCACCACGGCAACCACAUUAGGAGAGACGGGGAGGAGGAGGAGGAGGAGGAGGAGGAGGAGGAGGAGGAAGGCGGCGGCGAGUUCAACGCCCAGGCGCGCCAGCCGGGGGAACGGGCCGGCGCCGUCCCCGGUCUCCUCUCCCUCCGCACGGUGGUCCUGUCGGGGUUCGGGGGCGACGGGGGGGGGCCCCCCGAGACCCGCGGGCGCGGCGGCGCCGGAGGGGCGGGGCCUCCGCCGGCGGCGGCGGAGGAGGAGGAGGAGGGAGGCGACGGUCCCGCCGAGGCGUCGAGCCCGGCCCCGCGGCCGUCCCCGCUGGGGGGGCCGCUGGGCCCCUGGGACGACGACUACCCCCACGUGGACCUGGACACGGUGGACAGCGGCUUCGGCGAGUCGGCCUGCAGCAGCCCCGUCUCCUCGGAGCACGCCGCCGCCGCCGCCGCGGGCGAGGCGGGCUUCUUCCCCCCCGACGGACACUGCAAGUCCGCCUACGUCCGGCAGUGGAUGGACCGGCAGCAGCCGCCUCCGCCCGCAGAGCAGCACCAUCGCCCGCCGCCUCCUGCUUACCAGAACCAGAACUACGAGGCCUAGUUGGGAGCCCCCCCCGGACCUCCACACGCAUGCAGUGUGGGAGGGAGAGGGUGAAUGUGGGGGUGGGUGUGUGCGGAUGAGUGUGGGUGUGGGGGUGUGUGUGUGUGUGUGUGUGUGUGUGUGUGUGUGCGUGUGCGCGCGUGCGCGCUGACAAGUCUUCACUAGAUGUCAUUAAGGAACAGCCACAGUCCACAGGGAACUUAAAAACGUAAACGUGUAGUCGUGUACCCUAUUUUGUAUGAUAAGUUGUGAACCAAAAUCUGCCUUCUAUCACCUUAAAAAAAAUGGCAAGAAUUAACGGGUUGGUGUCCAGACAAGACCUUUAAAAAACGGAUCCAUGCUUCAUUUCUAAGCAGGGCUAAGCAUCUGUACUGUGCCGUUUAAACAGCUCUCUCUCUGAAAUGGAGGUAGACAGCACCCUCUCACACGCAGGAGGCCGCCGGUGGAGUUUGAAUCAAGACGAGGCGGGCAGACCACAUUACUCGAGGGCUGAGAUCCCUGCGCUGGCUUCCUGUGGGGUUUUCAUUAGCGUGCAUCACAUCCGCAGCGAUGCGAGGGGCCCUGAACGGGUUCAGACUGACACACAUCAGUGAACUGCCUGUGGUUUGGGGGGCGUGAGAGUCUGAUCCCAUGGUUGACCCAAUCAGGGUGAAGCAGUGUUUAAGUCUCCAGUUUUCAUUGAAUCGUAAUUUUGUAAUUUACAUUCCUCUUUUUCUUGUUUCUACUCUAUCAAUGUUUGUCCUUUAACGUUUUUUUACCUGUGAUUUUUCCUUUGUGAAGCCCCAUACAUGGCCUUUAUAAAUAAAAUGAUAAUGUGAGACCAA